AAUUCAUUCUCUUUCUGUGCAGCCAGAGAAUCUGUUGUACUACAGUAUGGAGGAGGACUCCAAUAUCAUGAUCAGUGACUUUGGCCUGUCUAAGAUCGAGGACUCAGGAAGUGUGAUGUCAACUGCCUGUGGAACACCUGGAUACGUAGCUCCAGAGGUCUUGGCACAAAAACCAUACAGUAAAGCUGUAGACUGUUGGUCCAUAGGAGUGAUUUCUUAUAUUCUCUUAUGUGGCUACCCUCCGUUUUACGAUGAAAAUGAUGCCAAGCUAUUCGAGCAGAUUCUCAAAGCAGAGUAUGAGUUUGACUCUCCAUACUGGGACGACAUCUCUGACUCAGCCAAGGAUUUCAUCAGUCACUUGAUGGAGAAAGAGCCGUCUCUGAGAUACACAUGUGAGCAGGCUUUACAGCACCCAUGGAUUUCUGGAGACACGGCUCUCGACAGGAACAUUCAUGAGUCUGUCAGUGCUCAGAUCAAGAAGAACUUUGCUAAAAGUAAAUGGAAGCAAGCAUUCAAUGCGACAGCAGUGGUCAGACACAUGCGGAGACUGCAGCUGAGCACCAGCCUAGAGGGGCCGAGCCAAAUCACCCCCACCAGCCCCUACCACAGACACCUGCUCCUGCCCGCCAAAGAGCUCGACCAGGAGGAGGACGAGGACGAGGAGGAAGAUGAGAACAGUUCCCCGAGUGGGGACGGCCGUCGAGGCAGUGCCGAUCGGGACAGUCUCAGAAGCUGUGCUUACUGCUGCCGACCGACCAGCAGGAUCUGAAGCAGAACCUAGAGGAACCCACACAUGCACGUCCACCGCACCAGUCUGACCCGGAACACAGAGCUUUCCUGGUAGCAUGCACUAGAUGGACCUAGUGCUGCUGGUGGGACGUGAGAGGAGAGCAUCAUUGUUCCAGACAUUCAGACUUGGGUAUUUCAUUGACGCAUAUGUAACUUCUCUAUCAUUUUACUUUGUCCGAUUAAUAUUUCUGUACCCCAACCAAAGACAACAAUAUGUUUAAUUUGUGCUUUUAUGUAAGGUUUAUUUAAUUAUUUUUUUUUUAAAGAAAAUGUUCAGGUCUGUACCCCGUAGCAAUUUGGACUUUCUUGAAAAGCCAUUAGUUAAUGUCUUAAUAAAUAUUAAUGUCUUAAGCCCCACUUGCUCAGGCAAUAAAUUCAUGAGGAAACAAGAUAGUUAUAUCUUUAAGACAUUUUCACGCCUUAAUCCAUUGUGGUUUUGUUUUGUAAGGUCUGUUGGGUAGAAUUGUCCAUGUUGUUGAUUUUGUGAUCUGGUUCAGACUGGUAUAAAACUGCCGAAGUGAGCUUAC